CCGUUCUCCAUGGUUGGUUAGUUAGUUUGCCCUAACGCAUCAAGAUUCCAAACCACACGCUCUCUUUCUUGCUUGCUUUCUUUCUUUCUUUAUCCCCCUUUCUCUUUCCGAUCUGCUGUAAUAAAGAAGGCGGCGGCGAGCAGGUCGAUCUUGUCUUGGUUUCGGGAUUUGAGAUAUGAUGGCGGCGGAGGCGGAGCAAUACUACCACUACUGGAAAUUAGGGCUCGGGAACGGAGAAAGAUUCGAGCCAACCGACGACGAGAUAGUGGGUCACUUCCUCUACCGCAAAGUAGUCGGCGGCGGAUUACUGAAGCUGAGCCGGCGAGAAGCGAGCCGAGUCCCGGAGGCGGAUUUGUACGCCGACGAGCCCUGGGAUAUCUGGUCGAAGCUUUCCUCGCUCGCAGGUGGGGGGUCGCAGUCGCAGGACCUCUACUUGUACACAAGGCUGCAGCCGAGGAAGACGGGAGGCGGGGGGCACGUGAGCCGGCGCGUGGGGAAGGGAGAGGGCACGUGGCACGGGGAGGACACCGGGUCGGAGAUCAAGCUGGACUUGGCGGUCAAAGGCGGCGGCGGCAGCGGCAGGACGCGAAUAACCGCGCUGAAGAAGAGGUUCAGCUACCUGAACCCUAAGAAGGCGGAGGAGCACAAGCGCUGGAUCCUUCACGAGUACAGCUGUACCAGCGUCGCCGGCCACUUGGACGGGGUCCCCGACCGCUCCUGGGUGGUCUGCCGUUUGAGGAAGAACCCACUAGCCAAGCGCCACCGCCACCACUACUCUAACCCUACGCCGAUCGCGCCAGGUCAGCUCGCUCCUUCUUCUUCUUCUUCUGAGUCGCAAUUUUUAUCCCAGCAAGAACAAGACCAGCAGCAGCAGAGUAUUAGUAUUACGAGUAAUAAUGAAGACGACGUUCCGGCUCCGGCUUUUCCUGGGUAUAAUAAUGGUGGUGCUGCUGGAGAAGGUUACUACACUGGCGGUGGGGAGAUGGGAAAUUGCUUGAAACUAGAGCCUGGGGAACCUCAGCAGAUUCCUCAUGUUGGGCGGAAUUAUGAUGAUGAUUACAAUUAUACCAACAAUAGCAGCAUGUUUAUGGCGUCGUCAUCGUCGAGCAAUGGUUUGGGGUCUGCAAUAAGAGGGUCGCGGGGGGAAGAGGUAAUGGGAAUGGUCAAUUACAAGGAUGGGGAGGAGUCUUUGGUGGCAACCGAUCAGAGUAUGGAACAAGCAGUGAGCGGCGGCGGCGGCGGCGAUGGCUGUCCUUUCCAGACCACGUAUGGGAAGGACUACUACUUUAGCGGGGUGUCAAACGACGGCGGCUCAAUCUCCUAUGACCCUGAUCAUCAAUCUCUUUUGGACCAAUUGGGCCUCAGCGAUCCACCUUCUUGGGUUUAGUAGUGACUGAGAGUAGAGUAGCAGCAGGACCAAUUUUUUGGUAUUAUAUUCUUCAUCACCAGUUAUGUAUGUAUGGCAAGCUAACUCUUAUGCUGUGGAUGUUCGUUAGAUAUUAGUUAUGGAUUUUCUACCUGUUCAAUAAUAAUAAUAAUGAUAAAUAAUG